ACACACAAUUUUCAGAAUAGCAAUGAACUUCAAAACACUGCAUUACUCCCCUUCUCUCUACUCUAAAAAAAAAAACCUAAAAAAACUCUACUCCACGGCCGUCAUUCAGCCCCUGCCGCCUGCCACCCUCACCAUCACCGUCACCUCCUGCCGCCGGUGGCUCAGACGCUACAGUCUGGCGCUGCUCCUCGUGGCUGCUGCUCACGCCCUACUUGGUCGAAAGUCGAGGUCGACUUUACUCUACUCCUCUUUACAAAAACCCUAAAAAUCAAAAUUUUGAUUUUUGUAGGGAAUCUUGCUAGGCCUUUCCAAUACUGUUGGAGUGUUAGCCGGUGUCUUGGGACAACAACCACUGGUUAUAUAUUGCAACAUGUUUUGUUCUCACUUGAAAGGAACGUCACUGUUAGUCAAUGAAAAAUUAGCUGCCAAAGCAAGAACCAUAAGAGAUCCAUGGGGUAAGACUGCAGCCCAUGUUGUAGUGGAAUCCACAAGUGUCUUUACUAACAAAGGCAAGGUUGCUGCUCACUUGAAGUCUUACCAAAAGGAGCUUGUUGCUGCCAAAAAAGCUGCUUCACUUGCUGCCCGUCUUUGUCAGAAAGUACAAAAAUCAUUGUUGCAAUCAGAUGUUCAAUCAAAACUCGACAAGAGCCCAGUAACAGUUGCAGAUUAUGGUUCACAAGCUGUUGUUAGCUUUGUUCUUGAGCGUGAACUUUCAUUUGACCCGUUUUCUUUGGUGGCUGAGGAGGAUUCUGGUGAUCUGAGGAAGGAUGGUGCACGAGAUACUUUAGAGCGCAUUCGCUUGCUUGUGAACGAAACUAUUGGCAGUGAGAAUACUUAUAGCAUUUCACCCUUGUCGGCUGAAGAUGUGCUUGUUCUUAUUGAUAAUGGUAGGUCUGAGGGUGGUGCUGUAGGUCGGCACUGGGUUCUAGAUCCAAUAGACGGUACUAAAGGGUUUCUGAGGGGAGAUCAAUACGCUAUAGCAUUAGCAUUGCUGGAUCAAGGAAAAGUAGUCCUCGGAGUCUUGGCUUGCCCAAAUCUUCCUUUAGCACCACUUGGUGUGCAAAGCUCAGGCAGUCAAACUGGUUGUCUUUUCUCAGCAGUCACCGGUAAUGGAACUUUUAUGGAGUCGCUUGAUGGUUCUUCUUCUCCGAUUAAAGUGACUGUAAAUCCAACAGAAAAUUCUGAAGAGGCAUCAUUCUUUGAAUCAUUUGAAGCAGCUCACUCCUUGCAUGACCUGACUAGCUCUAUAGCAAAAAAGCUCGGUGUCAAAUCACCACCGGUCAGAAUUGAUAGCCAAGCAAAAUAUGGUGCUUUAAGUAGAGGCGAUGGUGCUAUAUAUCUCCGUUUUCCGCAUGUAGGUUAUCGUGAAAAAAUAUGGGACCAUGCUGCUGGUGCCAUUGUCGUUACAGAAGCUGGAGGAGUUGUUACUGAUGCUGCUGGAAAACCUUUGGAUUUCUCCCAAGGAAAGUAUCUUGACUUGUACAAAGGCAUUGUAGCUAGCAACAAGAAGCUAAUGCCAGCAGUUUUGAAGGCAAUUCAAGAGUCCAUAGAUGAGAAACCCGCAUCCUUGUGAUCCUUUCCACAUGCGUGCCAUCAUUUGGAUGAUGAUUAUUGCAGUGAGUCUGCAUUAUCGGUGUUCUCAUUAAGGUAAUCGUGGUAACUCUUUCGUGAUCAUCAGUAUUCUUGUGCUCGUUCUUUGACGAUGUAUGAGCUACAACUGAUUUCAUGAGAUUGCAUCAAUGAUUAGUGUAGAGGUGUAACUAAAAUUAUUGGGAAACAAUUAUUCACUCUUCAACUGUUAGCACACUUCUGCAUAUACUGAGGAGCUAAUUUUAUGCAAUUUUUAAAAUUAAACUCUGCUAUAAUUACAAAAGAUCAGUUUUGUGAA